AUGCAGGGAAUUUACGCUUUGGGACUCCUUCUGGUCUUCGGACUUGUUCAGGGCUUUGAAUAUCCUUCUGUGAGGGACGAUAAACCCGUAUACGUUGGAGACCUCGAAUUAAGUAAUGGCGAACGCAUCACAGGAGGCUGGGAGAGCAAGGAAGCCCAGAUUCCCCAUCAGAUCAGCCUGCGUAUGAUAGCCGCUGAUGCCAGGGUAUCCUCCUGCGGCGGCUCCAUCAUACACCCUGAAUGGAUCAUCACGGCGGCCCACUGCUUGGCCAACCGCAUAACAUACGUGGUUCGCCUAGGCGCUCAGAACCUAACUCAGCCGACCAUCAUAACUGAAGAAAGCAUCGAAAACCGCGUCAUGCAUCCGAACUACAGUGAAACAUUGGGGACCGUACAGGCAGAUGACAUCGCGUUGCUCAAAUUGAGCAGGUCCAUUCCUUGGGGACGUGGAAACUCCUCAGAAGUCCUGAUGUUUGUGCACCUCCGAGGCAUCAGCAACCGGGAAUGUCGAAGAUGGUUCCUCUCCAUCCACCCACAAACAGUCUGCGCUCAGUACUACAACGACACCAUACAGUCUUCUUGCUCGGGUGACAGCGGUGGACCACUGACUCGCGUGGAUGAAGACGGUCAUCUCACGAUGAUCGGCAUCGUCAGUUUCGGUACAUCACGCGGCUGCACCGUUGGAUUCCCGACAGCAUACGUGCGUCCGGGUUACUACCACACCUGGAUACGCGAGAACACCGGCAUUGACUUCGAUUGGGGCAGUCCAGCAUCUGAACCUUCUUCGCCAGAUCAAGUCUCGGACGUACAAUUCGCACACGAGCAUCAACCAGAGAGGGACAAUAAACCUGUAUACAUUGAGGACAUAAAACCGAGCAAUGGCGAACGUAUCACAGGAGGUUGGGAGGCCAAGGAAGCCCAGAUUCCCCAUCAGAUCAACAUUCGUAUGAUUAACGCCUUCGGCACUGUAUCUUCCUGUGGCGGCAGCAUAAUACACGCUGAAUGGAUCAUUACAGCUGCCCACUGCUUAGCCAACCGCCAUACAUACAUUGUGCGAUUCGGUGCCCUCAACCUUACCCAACCCACGAUCAUCACCGAAGAAAGCAUCGCCAACCGCGUCAUGCAUCCAAACUUCAGCGAGACGAUGGGAUGGGUGCAGCCUGACGAUAUCGCACUGCUCAGGUUGAGCCGGGCCAUUCCUUGGGGGCCUACGAUCCAGCCAAUUCGUCUUCAGAGCUCAAGUCAGAAGGACGUCGACUAUAACAACGUCAUGUUAACAGCCAGCGGCUAUGGACUCACAAAUGACCGCUUACAGGCACAGGACGAUGUGUCGUUGUGUUCAGGUGGAGAAAGCUCGGAAGUGCUCAUGUUCGUUCACCUACGGGGCAUCAGCAACCCGGACUGUCUUAACUGGUACCUCACUAUGGAUCCACAGACGCUCUGCGCUCGGUAUUACAACAACAUCACACAGUCUACGUGUUCGGGAGACAGUGGCAGUCCGGUGACCACAGUGGAUGAGGAUGGGCAGCUCACGUUGGUCGGAAUCGUCAGCUUCGGCCACCGUCAGGGCUGUACACAGGGAAUACCGACAGGGCACGUUCGUCCAGGCUACUACCACACCUGGAUCCGUGAGAGCACCGGUAUCGACUUCGAUUGGGACAAGUGCGAACGUAAAUCAGCUGCGCCAGAAUCGGGUUCCGAGGUCCAAAUUAUCGAUAAAUAG